AUGACUGCGUAUCUGUCAUCUAUACCGCAUGGAGAUGUGUUCUUGGCUGCUUCUCAACCAGUAUUGUUUUGUAAUCUCUCUGUUGUGAUCAUUCCCAUCACCCUUUCGAUAUCUCUACAAGGUAGGUUGAUCUCGACGAAAAAACAUUUCGAUCUCUCCCUGAACAGAAACGUUGAGGUACCAACCAAGACAGUGGAGGAACCCGUUGUGGUUACCGAACAGCGGAAGAAGUCGUGCCCCGACAGAGUCUGCUCCAGCUCAUUCGCCGUAACUGAACAAUCCGAAGCACCAGUCGAAGGAACGAGCAAGGAAGUGGUUGUGAAGAGGCAGAGAAAAAAGAUGAAGAAAACUGGAAAAAAAACCCAGAGGAGCCAAAGGCAACAACAUUCUGGUGAUGUUGAUGCUUACAACGCCGCUGGGAAUCCAUUCCAACCAACAAGAGGUACAAACGCUGCUAAGAUCUUCAGCAACUCCAAAGUUGUCUCUGAGGAGCCUUGGUACUGGAUUGAGGAAGAAUACACAUUGAUGCAAAAGGGUGUGAACUGGCCUAUUGGUGGCUUCCCUGGCCCCCAGGGACCAUACUACUGUGGUGUGGGAGCUGACAAAGCAAUUGAUCGUGACAUCAUGGAUGCACACUACAAGGCCUGUCUUUACGCAGGUAUUGGCAUCUCUGGUGUCAAUGGAGAAGUCACGCUUGGACAGUGGGAGUUCCAGGUCGGUCCGAUUGAGGGUAUUAGUACUGGUGAUCAAGUCUGGGUCGCUAGAUACCUUCUCGAGAGGAUCACUGAGAUCUCUGGUGUAAAUGUCAGCUUCGACCCAAAACCAUCCCGGGUGAUUGUGAAGCACAAGGAGAACAUUGCUGCGUACGGUGAAGGCAACGAGUGUCGUCUCACGGGGAAGCACGAGAUCGCAUACAUCAACAUGUUUUUUUGGGGAGUGGCGAACCGUGGAGCUUCGGUGAGAGUGGAACAACGGAGGAUUAGCAGUGAUAAAGAACACGAUAGAGAAGCUUCAGGUGAAGCACAAGGAGAACAUUGCUGCUGGAACAACGGAGGAUUAGCAGUGAUAAAGAACACGAUAGAGAAGCUUCAGGUGAAGCACAAGGAGAACAUUGCUGCGUACGGUGAAGGCAACGAGCGUCGUCUCACGGGGAAGCACGAGGCCGCAUACAUCAACACGUUUUCUUGGGGAGUGGCGAACCGUGGAGCUUCGGUGAGAGUGGGACGAGACACUGAGAAGGAAGGCAAAGGUUACUUCGAAGACAGAAGGCCAGCUUCUAACAUGGAUCCUUAUGUCGUUACGUCCAUGAUCGCUGAAACCACCAUCCUCGGUUAAUCAA